GCAAGCCCGAGGAACUGGCACAGACGGAGGCGGGGAAACAGACUCGCUAUUCAACUUCAACUUAUUAAUUUUAGGGGGAUCAGAUCUCACGAACACUGAACACGACGAAGGCAGGUGUAUUUCUACAGUGGCGAUAUGCGUAAAAGGAUGGGAACGCUGUAUUUUUCAAAGUCUUUGGCGAACGCUCGCUUAUGACCAAAAAAAACAAAAAAAAAAACAACAACAACCAAAAACCCGCGUCCAGAGAAAUUUUGAAGUUGCGGGGAAAUAGUGCUGGCGGACUUACUCGUCACGAUUAAUAUAGCAUAUGAAGAGCUGGGGAAGAGGUUGCUGCACAGCGUCAUGCUGGUGCAUUCAGCGUCCGUUUACCACACCACUUAGCCACGGAACAGCGAGCGCCACGGAGAGAGUGUAUCAGAUUACAACUAAAGGAGAAAGAGACGCCGACCGACUCAUAAAGUGACCGUGGGAAAAUUUAGCACUUCAAGCGAUGGGGUUAUAAGAGCACUAAUAUAUAUAUAUACAUAUAUGUAAAUAUAUAUGUAUAUAUAUACAAUUCUGCGAGCGUUGGGCGAUUGAGAAGGACGGGAUCCUCUUAACGCGGAUUCUCCUAAAAUCGGCCGCUGCAUUCUCAAGUGCGCAAAGCGCUUUUCAUUCGCUCUGCGCUGGUUUUCUAUUUUUUGUUUUUUGUUUUUUUUUUUGUGUGUGUGUGUGUGUGUGUGUGUGUGUGUGUGUGUGCGUGCGUGACAGUUGCUAUAUGGGAAAAGAAUGGCAGACUGAUCUGGUUCCUGAAGACCGCUGGCUCUGCUCUCCGGGUGUUUGAGUUGCACGCCAGGAUGCAGCUCCUCAGAGUUGCGUGGGCUUUAGCGGGAGCGGCAGUCUGCUGCUUUGUUAUUCUUUUGAUCCACUCACGCUUCCUAAAAGAAGGUCAGCUGGCAGCGGGCACCUGUGAGAUCGUCACGCUGGACAGAGACAGCAGCCAGCCGCGGAGGACCAUCGCCCGCCAAACCGCCCGUUGCGCCUGCAGGAGAGGUCAGAUUGCCGGGACGACGAGAGCCAGACCAGCCUGCGUGGAUGCGCGCAUCGUGAAGACCAAGCAGUGGUGUGACAUGGUGCCGUGCCUGGAGGAUGAAGGCUGCGACCUGCUGGCGAACAGGUCAGGCUGGACCUGCACACAGCCCGGGGGCCGUGUGAAGACCACCACGGUGAGCCUCCUCGACCUUCAGCAGAGAGGGGCCUGGGAACUUGAAGCCCCCGGUGACACAGUUCCCCUUAGUGACCAACUGACAUGGAGAGACAUGGGUGUUCAAAACCAAGGCUUAGCAAAACACCAGGGUUUUAAAAUGAUCAGUUCUUCUUGGCAGAAUUAAGACUGCAUACGACCACUGUUGAUAAGGGACAAGAUUUGCUGGUGAAAGGUGAAAAGAGAGUGAUGGGUGGAGAGAUGGAGAGUAAGAUGAAGAAAAACUAAGGGAGAGAGAGAGAGAGAGAGGAGGGUGUGCGGCAAAGCUCUCUGGCACCUGUCUGCUCUGUGAUCUGCGAUUAAAGCUUCUGAUUUUGGACGCAGUCGUUAUGCGCUGCUCUGUCGUGUUUCUUCUGGUCUGUGAACUUCACUAAGACUGGGCACUUCAGUAACACAGCCGUCACCUGCAUGCCGCGUUGUUGUGAAGAAAACAACACCGAUAAACGAGUCAGAGACAGAGGUAUACAGCCAAAUGGACAUAAGGACGUGAAAAUGAAAAAAACAAAGAAAAGUGGCUUUCAAUUUGGAAGCAGGGCCUACCGAUGACACCCUGCCCGUUUACAAAGAGAAAUCCC